AUGGGUAGACAGAUGAAGAAGAUAGAAGAUAAACAACAAAGAAACAUAGCAUUUGCUAAAAGAAAAAAUGGGCUUUUGAAGAAAGCUUAUGAACUCUAUGCUCUAUGUGAUGUUCAUGUUGCUCUCAUCUUCUUCUCUCCUUCUGGCAAACUCUUCGUUUUCAAUGCCAAAGGAAGUGUCGAGGAGAUUAUACACAAGUAUGUUUCUUUGCCUACUUAUAUGCGCCAACGCUUCAAAGAUGAGACGAUUGUUAAAGCGUUAGUCGAUCAGAUGCUUCAAGACUCGAUGCGUACCAACUCGAGAGAAAGUCGUGGCGAUGCUGUUCGUUACCAAAUUCAACCAAAGGCGAUCGAAGAUGAAAUCGAGAAAUACAAAGCCGAAUUGGCCGAAGUUGAUCGAAAAUUGGACUGCUAUUUGAAAAGUCCGAAUAAGUGGGAUUCACUAGCUGAACUUCAAAGUCGAAUGGAAAAAAUCGGGACGGCAAAGGUUAAAGUUCAAUCUCGAAAGAGAGAAUUGCUAUCUCAAAAUCAAUCCGCUAAUGCUAGCUUGGAGAACUCGUCUGUGGAAUAAAAAAUUAUUGUGAAUUUAAACUAAAUAAUGUAGUAUAUCCGAAAAUAAUGUUGGUAUCGUUUGUAUCCAAAUUUACCAUCUUUUAAACCUAAAAUUCUUGUUACUGAAAUAAUAUAUUUCUAUGAUUUGAAGUUAUUAUUAUGGAAAUCAUUCAUUUUA